AUAGCGAUACAUUCACCAUUAGCAGUAUUUUUGCUCCCGUGAUUUAAUUAUUUUUUUGGUUUUUUUUCUCUUAUGGUAUUCCUCAACCCAUCAGGUUAAGGACUAAUCUAGCUUGAUACUAAGUUCCAAUUAAGAGUUUGUCAAAAUUCGAAUUUCGAUACUUACUUAAGCGGACUAGUGAACUGACCAACCCAACUAGGUUAAUCCCGUGAUUUAAUUAUUGGCUGGCAUAGUUUUGUUAUUGGCGAAAACGAUGAAAAGUAAGGUAGUUUAACUUGCUCGUGAUAAACGCUUGCUAUUGCUAGAAUCAUGUACAAGAUACGAGGAAAAGGGCGACUCUAAUUUUAAUUCUUGUGUUUCUAUUUUAGCUUAGCGGAAUAUUAUUUGGACCAAGUGAUGAAAGGGACAUAUUUUAGUUAAAAGAAAAGUAGUAUAUAAAAACAAGAGAGAGAAUGUGAGUGAUGGGUAGUGAGAAGUGAGAAGUGAAGGAGGAAAUGAAAAGCACAGGAAGGCUUCCCCUUCUGAAUCUCAAGAAGUCUCCGGAGAAAGAGAGGUCAGGCAGCCUCACUCCUCCGCUGGAGACGUCAGCUUCGGUCCCAUUUCGGUGGGAGCAAGUGCCCGGGAAGCCUAUUCCUUGCACGGCACUUAUCCCCUUCUCUGAUCCCAAAGACUUUCUCCCAAAGUGCCUCCACCUCCCUACCCCUCCGGCAAGGCUCAUCAUACCUUCUCCCAAUGCCAUCAAUCUCAAGAGGAACAGGAACAGAGGGCGGUGGUUUGGUUCUUUGAAGAAGAAGCCCUUCAUCAGGGACAGUAACUUGAAGCGUGCUGCCAGCUUCUCCACCACUUCCCACCCUUAUGGCUAUAAGCCUCGUGUCUGGACAACAAUCUAUGAGGGUUUGAAGCAGGUGGUUCCAUGGAAAAACAAGAAACUCAAGGAUGCUGGGAGCACCCAUACCCUCUAAUCAUGGGUACCACAUUUGCUUUAUUGGAAGAGGACGACAGUAAUUGCACUCAGGCUGUUUCUUUUGGGUGUCCACGCCACUCAUACUGCGGAACCUGUCUCCUUUGCCUCAUCUCAUCAAUUGUACAUGAUUUUCUACCUAGAUUAGAAUAGAAGGGUAACUAUCUUACUGUAAUCUGGCAAUGUUAUGGAUAUGUACUCAAUACUCAAUAAUGCUAAUUUAUAUGAUUAAUC